AUGACUAAAGUUUGUCCUAAACCGGAAGAAAAGAGAAUGUGUGAAGAAGCAGUGGUUGAACCAAUUUCAGCAGAUGUGAGCUUUGCUUCUAAUCAAUUUCCAUCUUACAAGUUAGGACCUAAUGAUCAGAUUGUUGAUGAGCCUGAGGAAAAUGAAAAAGGUCCAUCUGUGAAAGAUGUUGUUGAUAAAGAGACAGGAGAUUUGUCUGAUCAGCACAAGCGGCUUUCAGUUCGUGAUCUCGCUUGUAAAUUCGACAAGAAUUUAGCUUCAGCUGCUAAAUUAGUCGACGAGGCAAAGUUAAAUGAGGUGACUUCUUUGGAAGGACAUGUUAUGCUAAAGAAACUUAGAGAUGCUUUAGAAUUCAUGAGAGGUCGAAUGGAUGGGCGUAACAAGGAAGAGGUGGAAAAAGCUAUCUCCAUGGUUGAGGCUCUAGCCGUUAAGUUAACUCAAAAUGAAGGUGGACUAAUUCAAGAAAAGUUUGAAGUGAAGAAACUAGCAAACUUCCUCAAGCAGGCUUCAGAAGAUGCAAAGAAGUUAGUAAACCAGGAAAACUCGUUUGCGUGUGCUGAAAUCGAGAGUGCACGGGCUCUUGUUCUGAGACUUGGAGGGACAUUUGAAGAACAGGAGCUUUGUUCUAAAGCUUCUCGAGCUCUGGGACCGAAUGUGGAGAAAUUGGUUGAGGAGGUUCAGGAGGCGAGACGGAUCAAACGGAUGCAUAAACCAACCAAGGUGAUGGGUAUGCAACACGAGCUUCAUGAUUUAAAGAGUCAAAUCCAAGAGAAGUCUGUAUAUUCAGUUAAGCUUCAAAGAGAGAUAGCAAUUAUCAAGAGAGCCGAGGGGUCCAAGUCCUGUCCAUAUGCUCUGGAUGGUGCACAAAGUCUUGGCUCGUGCCUAAGAAUCCGUGCCUCCUCGGAUAGUGCUCUAGAUAUUUCCAAAUGUUCAAUCCAAUGGUACCGUGCAGCAUCUGAGUCAAGUCGACGAGAAGCUAUAUCUGGUGCCAAUCAGGCGGUUUAUGCUCCAGAACCAUUUGAUGUUGGGCGAGUUAUACAAGCAGACAUUGUUUCUAACGGCCAGAAAUUCACUGUUACAACCGACGGUCCAAUUAAUACUGCUGCUGGGUUGCAGUCACGCGUUGAAUCAUUCCUGCGCAAAUCUAACAGUGAAUUUACCGUGAUUAUAUCACAGAUGAAUGGGCAAGACCAUGCAUCACGUUCCCACGUCUUUACUGUUGGAAAGGUGAGAAUAAAGCUGUCCCGAGGAUGGAUCACAAAGGCCAGAGAAAUAUAUUCAAACUCCAUGCAGCUCUGUGGAGUAAGAUGCAAUGCUAAUGUUCCUGCAAAGUCAUUGUUUUGGCAACCAAGAAAGGGUCUAACUUUCUUGCUAACAUUCGAGUCAGAGCAAGAACGUAAUGCGGCAAUAGUUCUCUCCCGGAAAUACGCAUAUGAUUGCAAUGUUACUCUGGUUGGUCCAGAAGAUUGA